AUGGGAGCAUCAACAUCAACGCAUAAAUACACGGUGCAGAAUCCUGCGGCGUCGGAAAGUACAUCGUCCAUUCAUAGUAGUGCGAAAUCCAAGUUUCUUAACCAGUCUCAGAUUUGGAGUGCAGAUGGAGCGCGCAUAUCAAGGAUGUGUGAGGGGGACAAGUUAAUGGAGACCAUCUAUGACAAUGUCAGGACCUCUACGAGGGCUUUCAAAGAGGCCUCAAGCAGUGAUAAACCAUGCCUUGGUUGGAAACCUGCCCCAGACAAGCCAUAUCAGUGGGUGUCCUACAUUGAGGUUAAUACAAGAGCCACAAACUUUGGUGCAGGACUUGUUAAUCUUGGCCUAGAACCUAGAAAUGAAACACGGGUGGGCAUCUAUUCACAGAACAGAGUGGAGUAUGUCAUUGCCGACCAGUCAUUUUACCGACAUUCUAUGACAGGUGUUCCCUUGUAUGACACUUUGGGAGAGGAGGCCUGUAAUUUUAUUAUUAACCAGGCUGAUCUAACCACCAUCAUCUGUGAUACGAAUGCUAAAGUAAAAACUUUACUGAGUCGGAGGAAGCAUUUCCCAAUGCUGAAGACACUGAUCAUUUUUGAGCCGGUAAAUAAUGAGACCAGAGAGUUAGCAGGAAAGCAGGAAGUCCGAGUGUUACAUUCAGAAGAAGUUGAAAAUCUUGGGAAGGAGAACCCAGUGGCUGCAAAUCCUCCCAAACCAGAAGAUUUGUGUAUGGUGUGUUAUACCAGUGGAACAACAGGUACACCCAAAGGUGCUAUGUUGACCCACAGAAACAUGGUAGCCUGUUUAUCAGCAGCUCUAAAAGUUCUAGAAACUUGUGGGAUCACCUUAUCAAGCGAAGAUACACUCAUAUCAUAUCUGCCCUUAGCUCAUUCUUAUGAAAGAAUUCUUGAGGCUAUUGCAUUAACAAGUGGAGCCCGAACUGGGUUUUUCCAGGGCGAUGUUAGAAAGUUGAUGGAUGAUAUCAAAGAACUUAAGCCAACAGUUUUUCCGUCUGUGCCUAGAUUGCUCAAUAGAUUCUAUGACAAGGUCAUAACCGGUGUCAAUGCAAGCAGAGUUAAAAAAUUCCUUUUUAACUUGGCCCUGAGUAGUAAAACAAAGGAGUUAAAAAGAGGUUUAAUUCGUAACAACAGUAUAUGGGACAAGGUUGUAUUCCGUGCCGUCCAGGGAGCACUUGGAGGUCGAGUCCGUAUCAUUACCACAGGAUCAGCCCCUAUAUCUGGGUCUGUCCUGAGUGUUCUCCGAUGUAUUGUCGGUUGCCCGAUACUGGAAGGAUAUGGCCAGACAGAAAAUUCUGCAGUUAGUACGCUGACCAUAGUUGGUGAUUCUGAUCCAGGUCAUGUGGGUCCACCAUUGCCUUGUAACAUGAUCAAGUUAGCCGAUGUUCCAGAAAUGGAUUACUACUCCAACAAUAAUAAAGGAGAGAUAUGUUUGAAAGGUCCAAAUGUGUUCAAGGGUUAUCUGAAGGAUGAAGAGAAAACACGAGAGGCUUUAGAUGAUGAAGGGUGGCUGCAUACUGGUGAUAUUGGCGAGUGGUUAACUAAUGGGACACUAAAGAUCAUUGACAGAAAGAAAAACAUAUUUAAACUUGCUCAGGGAGAAUACAUAGUUCCCGAGAAGAUUGAGAAUGUGCUAGUACAGUCACCUUAUGUGGCUCAAAUCUUUGUCCAUGGAGACAGUUUACAGGCAUGUCUUGUUGGCAUAGUGGUGCCUGACCCAGAAACCAUUCCAGGUCUUGCAAGUAAACUGGGUGUCACAGGGUCUCUUGCAGAGCUUUCAGAAAAACCCAGUAAGUUUUUUUUUUUUCCGUUAGAAAUUAAAAAAGCUAUACUGAAGGACCUGACAGACUUAGGCAAGAGAAAUGGUUUAUCUUCACUUGAACAGGUAAAAGACAUUAAACUGCACCCGGAAUUAUUUUCUGUUGACAACGGCUUGCUCACCCCAACUUUCAAGACAAAAAGGCAUGAAAUAUUCAAAUUUUUUGCAGACGACAUUGCCCAGAUGUAUAACAGAAUGGCCGAAGCGACACAAUCCUAG